AUGGUGGUCCUGCCUCAGUCCCAGGCAAAGGGCUGGAAAUAUUUAGACAUGGCCAGGGAACCCAAGCCGAGCCGGGCCCGGCUGGGCCAGAAGCGGCAGCACAGCAGCAGCCUGUACCACAGUAACUGCGAGCUGGACUACGAUCUCUACAGGGACGACUUCCCGUACAGGGUGUACGAGUACCAGAAGAUUCCCCCCCUCAUUAACCGCAUCCCAGUCAAGGCCAGACGAACUCAUGUGGGAGCAGGAGGCAAAAGCAGCCUGAGCCCCCAGCCCGGGGCGAGGAGCAGCACCAGCUCCAUGACGGGACGGACAAAGUUGCGGGCUGAAGAGCUGCACUCCAUCAAGGGUGAGCUGAGCCAGAUCAAGGCGCAGGUGGACAGUCUGCUGGAGAGCCUGGACCGCAUGGACCAACGGAGAGAGCGUCUCGCAGGGUCCAAGGAGAGCGAGAAGAAGAGGGUAGAGAUGGGGGCAGAGUCGCCGUCCCCAGCAGGAGAGGGUUCACGGGAGCCGCGGGGGAAGGAGGGGAUGGGAUCUGAUGGGCACAGCGACCUGCGCAACAUCGACAGCGCUGAGGAGAGCACAGACACGGAGGAGACGGUGAAAAACCACAUGUCGGACCCCGAGGGGAGCCAGUAGACGGACUGGGAUGCCAUGGCCUCCCUGCAUGGCCAGCCCUUUCUGUCUUGUGUUUGUAUUUCUUUUGAGGCUUCCAGCUAGUGCCACGCAGGACGCAAGGUGGCCUGCCCUCGGCAUGGCCAUCCCCUGCCGCUGGCAGCCCCAUGUCCCACCCCUGUGAGAUGCCAGCCAGCCGUGGCGAGAGAAGUUUUUGUGUUCAAGUGUGCUUGUUUUCUUUUUCCUCCUGUUUUCAGACCUAGGGGUAAGCAGACACGGCCGGGGGAGGCAGGGGAGAAGCAAAAAAAAGGAUUGUAUCCCAAAGGAGCAUCCCAAAUCCCAGUUGCCUUGCACGCAGGGUGCCGUGGGGCACUGGGAAAGCACCCCGGGGCUCCCAGCCCCUACGGCACAGGUCACAUCCCAACCUCCUGUGCCCUGCAAGCCCACCCGCUGCCACCAAGCUUCAGCCCCACCCUGGGAAUUGGUUCAGCAGGUGCAGGCACAUCCCAGGAAAGCUUUAAGAGCUGCUCAGCAUCCCACCAUGAUGCCAUGGGAAGGAGAGACCACCCUCAGAGAGCUCUGAGGGGCUUUCAGGGGAUUUUGGGAUGGAGGGGUGGUGCUGAGCCCAGGUCCAACUCUGGCUGCAGGGCUAGCAGCGGGGCAGUGCAAACCCAAUUGCUCCCCAGUCCCCCCAGCUGCCCGAUGGGAUUCCUUACUGGUUCACCACUGGCCGUUCUCGGCCAUGGAUCAUGUUGGUGGUCAGCAAGGCUCCCGUGAGCAGCUUUGCCCGGGCUCCUUGCCCAAGGAAGUCACGGCUCCCCCGGCCGUGCUACCCAGCAUUUCAUCUUGGUUUGGUGUCCCUCAUUUCUAGGUUGUCCUUCUCUCGCUGGUAGGAACUUGUUCUGUGUUUCUGAUUUGCUCUGGUAAAAGAGUGUAUUGUGUUUGAAAGAAAAAUAAUUUGUAUUUCU